AGUCGGUCUUGCGCAGAAAAAGUGGAGAGCGUACUGCUCAAUAUUACAAUUGUGUUGAUUUGUUACAACAAUUGAGACAAUGAUAUGAGUGGAUCUAGAUCUAGUUUUAGAUUGGAAUGAAUGGAUAUCUCUAAUUUGAUUUGGAUAUUUUUACCUCUAUACUCCUAAGCAGAACAACUGCAUGCCAUCAUGACGAAGGAUAGAUUGGCUGCAUUAAAAGCGGCCCAAAGUGAUGAUGAUGAAAAUGAUGACGUGGCUGUCACAGUUGACAGCAGUGGCUUUAUGGAGGAGUUUUUUGAACAGGUGGAUGAGAUCAGAGAGAUGAUAGACAAGAUAGCCUCCAAUGUUGAUGAGGUCAAGAAAAAACACAGUGCAAUAUUGUCAGCUCCCAACACAGAUGAUAAAAUGAAAGAGGAACUGGAAGAGUUGAUGUCAGAAAUAAAAAAGAAUGCAAAUAAAGUGAGGGCUAAAUUAAAAGUGAUAGAACAGAACAUUGAACAAGAAGAGCACACAAACAAGUCAUCUGCUGAUCUCAGAAUUAGGAAAACUCAACAUGCCACCUUAUCCCGUAAGUUUGUGGAGGUGAUGAAUGACUACAAUGCUUGCCAGAUUGACUACAGAGAGAGGUGCAAGGGCCGCAUCAAACGACAGCUUGCUAUCACUGGAAAAACCACAACCAAUGAAGAGCUGGAGGACAUGAUAGAGUCUGGGAACCCAGCCAUUUUUACACAGGGGAUUAUAAUGGAAACACAACAAGCUAAACAAACAUUAGCAGAUAUUGAAGCAAGACAUAAUGACAUCAUGAAGCUAGAGACGUCUAUACGAGAUCUGCAUGAUAUGUUUAUGGAUAUGGCAAUGUUGGUGGAGAGCCAGGGAGAGAUGAUAGACAGGAUUGAAUACAAUGUGGAGCAAGCUGUAGACUAUAUAGAGACAGCCAAGAUGGACACCAAGAAAGCUGUGAAAUACCAGAGCAAAGCUAGGCGGAAAAAGAUUUUGAUAAUUGUGUGUAUCGUGAUCCUACUGGUCAUAAUAGCCAUCAUCCUUAUUUCAACUCUAGCCUAGUGUAGCAUAGAGCAGCCCCAGACAGAACCACUUGCUUGACCGUAGCUUCCAUUUUACAAGGCUUGAAUUUUUUCUGAGCCCAUUGCAGUGGUGCUAUGAUAAAAAAUUCUGUCCAUUUUUUUUUUUUACCUUGGGAAUAUUUUAUUUUUAUACUAGGUUUUUACUGUAACUUGAAUACUGUUGAUGUAAGUUGAAUUGUCUUUUAUAAAUCUGUUGAUGUUGACAAGAGGCUUAGAAAAUGUUGCAGCUAGUCAUUGUAUUGAGGAGUUUGAUGCUCCUGUGGAAGUUAUUGUACAGUUUGUAUGCAUGUUCCCAUCAUUUGUACACCCUGACCUUUUGCUGUAGAAGCAGAUGGGUGGAACCAAACCCCUCCUAAACCUUCUAACAGAAAUCCAGUGAGGUGUAGACAUCGUCUCCCGCCUCCCCCCACCCACCCAUUCUAUAAAUUCUAGUGAAAUGAAGUGGUUGAUCUUUGACUUCCAUGCCCCAGUCAUUGGUUGAACCAGCUGUUCCUUCUAUAACUAGCAGCAAGUGGUUUUUGUUAGACACAUGUUGAUUUGCUUGAGUUCUUUACAGUCCCAUGUGGCAGACAGAGAGUUUAGUGUCCAUGUUGGCACCAACUAGAUGUCUAGUAUGUUUAUUUACAAGUAGAUUCACAACCAGAUUUGUAAGAUACUCCCAAUAUAAUUUGUGAACAUAAUAUUUAUUCAAAUGCCUCUGCUGCCUUCACCAGCCUGUGCUUGGGGGGGGGGGGGG